AUGAUUAGGGGGACUGUGACUGAUGUGGCUACUGGAGCUGUUCAGGAGAUCAACUUCUACACCGGAAAAGGAGGCAAAGCUCAUGGACCCAGAUCAGUUCAUCGCAAAAUUCUAUUAGAGGCUCUGGCAGAAGAAUUGACUGCUGAUUCAAUUCGAUUUUCUUCCAAGUUUACUGCUAUUGAACAGCAAGAACUUGGAGGUACUUCCAUUGUUGUACAUUAUUUGGAAGAUGGAACUACCAUCAAAUCAAAGGUUUUGGUUGGCUGUGAAGGGGUGAACUCGGUGGUGGCCAAAUGGCUAGGGCUGUCUGCACUAGUCCACUCAGGUCGAGCAGCAGUUCGUGGGUUGGCUGUGUUUCCACAAGGCCAUGGGUUUAAGCAAGAAGUCACACAGUUUGCAGAUGUUGGCAAAAGGGCUGCUUUCGUCCCACUAAUCCACAAAGAAUUAUACUGGUUUUUAACUUGCCUUGAAGGAGAAAACAUGGCAAGAGAUCCACAACUGAUACGGAAACAAGUGAUUGAGAAAUAUGCAGAGAAUUUUCCCCAAGAAUACUUUGACGUGGUUCGACAUGCUGAUCUUUCAAAUUUGACAUGGGCUCCAUUGAUGUUUAGACAUCCAUGGAAUGUCAUUUUUGGAAAUCUAAGCAAAGGAAACAUCACAGUGGCCGGCGACGCCAUGCACCCAAUGACAUCUGAUCUAGCACAAGGUGGCUGUUCAGCUCUGGAGGAUGCAGUUGUUUUGGGCAGACACAUUGGGGAUUCUUUUAUAAAAAAUGGAGGAGUACUUGUUCCAGAGGACAUGGCUCGAGCCAUUGAUGGGUAUGUGAAAGAAAGGAAGUGGCGAGCUGCUAUGCUUAUCACUGGGUCGUAUCUAUCAGGGUGGGUGCAGCAAGUCGGUGAUUCUCAAUGGCUCUCUAAUGUCGCUGGUUAUGAUUGUGGGGCAUUGCCUAGCGUCUUUGCCGCCAGUGACCUGCAACAUUCCUCCGAUAAGUCGGACUAG